GAUCCGCGAGAGGGCGACGAACCGAUCGACACACAGAGAAAGUAACGCAGUGAAAUUAAAGUGAUAUCAAGAAAAAGAAAGAGAAAAGGAAGGCAAGGUGAGAAGAAAAAGAAGGGCGAAACAUAAAGGAAAGCGAAAAAGGUAAAGUACGGAAGGAAGAAAGAAGGGGAGAGGAAAGGCUAGGAAAGGAAAAGUGGGAAAAAAAGCAGAGGUUAGAAAGGAUGGUGGUGGACGAACAUAGGGAGGGGGAGGGGAACGAAGGCUACAACUUGAGAAAGACGGAGGAAAAAAAAGAGACAGAGAAGAACGGCAAAGAAGGGGACGAGCAGAAACAGAAAGCAGCGACAACAACGAGGGCAGGCAGAGGCAGGAAAAAAAUAAACACAGAAGAUAAAAAAGAUCUAGGGAAAGAAGGCUCGGCAACAGGCGGGAAAAAGUUGGAAGACUAUUGGACAGAGAUAAAAGAAGGAAAGAAUAAACUGAGAAAUAAGGAAGAAAGUCAGAGAGAGAGCUCGAGUGCACAGGAGGAUAGCGAGCAAGAAGAAGAGAAAAAAAGGUCAGAGGCAAAGCUAGAAGAGGAGAUGACAGAAAAAGAAAAGGAAAAAAGAAAGGAAAGGGAGAUAAUGAAGCCGACGUGGACCUUACCAAGGACCCCAGACGGUAGAAAGGACAAUGAGAAGAGAAAGGAUAGCACAGAGAGAGAAAAAGGGAUUGAAGCAGAAAAACAAACACAAAGGGAAGCGGAGAAAGAGGCCGCGAGGAAAACAGACGGAAAGCAAGGGGAAGAACGACCACAGAAGAAACAGAGUGGGGACCAACAGAGUGAGGAAAGGAAGGAAGAAUACGCUGAAACGAAAAAGACAGGCCCAGAAAAGAACGAAAAAAGAGGGGAGGAGAGAGAAAUGGGAGAACUGAAGGAAUGGAUGGAAAAAUGGGAAAAACGACAAAAGGAAGAGUGGGAAGCAAGAAUGGCAGACAUAGAGACAUUAAUUAGAACAGAACUGGGAACAAGAAGAGACAGGGACGAAGAACACGAGAGAAAGAGAGAGGAGAUCCAGGAGAGGCAGCUAAGGGACCAGGUCGAAAAACUCCAGGAUAAACUGAGAAAGAGCGAGGAAAGAAACGACGAGCUAGAAGGAGGGGUGAGGAUGUGGAAGGAAAUGGCAGAGGCAUGGAGACAAAAAGCUGAGAAAAGAGGAGAGGAGUGGGAAGGCACAAGGAACAGAAGGUGGGCAGAGGAGGUAGAAGAAAACGAAGUAGCUGAUAAAAGGAAAAUACAAAUCACCGACGAAAACUCAUCAAGAAUAAAAGAAAGAGAAGAGAACAACACAAGGGUCACUGGCGACUGGGGAGUAGGGGGCAAGAAACAACAAGCAGAGCAGAGAAGGCAAAAAGAGAGGGAAGGCCAAGAAAAUCAACGGGGAGAGGAAUGGAGAAUCAGAGGACAGGAAGGGACAAAGGAACCCGACGAGAGGAGGAGAGGAACAGAGGGGAGAGAAAAUAGUAUAAGCAAGAAGGAAGAAAGAACAAAGGAAGGAAAAGAAAGGCAAGUAACCAUAGACAAAAAUCCACCCCCGGGAAAAAUGACUGAGGAAGAAUGGCAAGUGGAACUGGACCUAAGAAGAAGUAAGAGAAAGAACAUGAUUAUUGAGGGACUGACACUGGUAACGAGGACAAGGAAAGAGGAACUAGAAAAGUGGAUGAUGGAAGUACUCGACCUGAAAGUAAGAAUAGAGAAGUUGGACAGAAGGGAGCAAGGGGGAUGGCUGGCCAGAGUGGAAGAGGUAGCACACAAAAAGGCAAUAAUGAAGGAGAAAACAAGGCUGAAAGAAAAACGAUGGGGAGUAUAUAUAACGGACGACCUCACAGAGAGACAGAAGGAGAUACAAGCAUGGAUGGAAGGGGAAGUAAGAAACUGGAGAAAGUUACAAAAAGAGGCAUGGACGGGAUACAACAGCAUAUGUGUGGAAGGGACAUGGCUGGAAUGGGACGAGAAGGAAGGAAUACUGAAGCAGAGGGAAAAAAGAGAGGAAAGGGCGAGAGAAGGGCCCUUUUAACCAGGAGGCGGGCAUAAGCGAGGAGAAGAGAGAGAGGGCAAUUAGAAUCUGGCACUGGAACGUAGAAAACGCGGUUAAUAUAGGAAAAAAUGAGGAACAAUGGAAA